AUUCAACACGUCAGUAAACAAAUACCUGACGUUCGCCAAUGACAACUGUCAAGCUAGCUAGCGCCAUCGGAGACUUCCUCUUGGAGUCCGUAGUUAUACAAACUAUUUAAUAAUACGGCACAUAUUUAAUAUUAAGUUCACGUUAGUUCAUUAUUUUGCUAAACUGGAACCGUUGCUCAUUAGUUGGCAAAUGCUACCUAGCUGGCAACCUAGCUAGCGAUUGUUAACAUUCGGCAGCUAGCUGUAAGCGUGACACUAUUUGUAAUUAAGUAACGUUCAUACACGUGAAGGUUUAAGGUUGAUUAUGUCUGGACCAAAUGGAGAUCCAAACAUCUCGAUUGACGAGGGUAUUAUCAACGACGAAGAUGAUUUUGAGGACGAAGAGUAUGAAUCCAUCAACUCCAUGCUGGAUCAGAUUAACUCCUACCUCGAUGACCUGGAUGAUCGCAAUGAUUCACUUAAUGGCAAACUGCAGGAACUAAUGGAGUCAAACCAGCAAGCCAGGCUGGAGUUCAAGGCCCAAUUGCACAGCUCCCAGACCCAAGAGGAGCAACAUCCUGCAGACGGGGAUCCCUCCUCAGCAGUCAAGGAAGACAUGAAUAACGACGAUGAGGAUUCCAAAUGAGUGAUCGAAAUAUUUAGUAACUCCUCACUCUUGUGUAUAACAUUCCUCGAGAGUUCACCCUGAUCUCAAGCAUUUGUCUUCUUGGCCAAAUAGGGUUAUAGUUAAACUUCUUUGUAGUGUGCCGAUCCAUUUGGUGUAGAUGUGUUGCUUUGUGAUAGCUCAUCUCUGCGCCUGGUUGAUUCAUCCCAAAAAGUAAAUCUGCAAUACUACAGACGUGUAUCCAAUUUUAUCUGCAGCGUGACUGUAAAUAUAUCUGUUAACCUGUUAUGGCUGUGAGUGAGCUCAUGUGUUUGUGUGACUUAGCCACAAAGUCAAGUGUGGGAAUUGUCAGACAUUUUAAUAUAAAUUAAAAUGAUACCCUCCAAACAGAAAACAAAAAUCCCAAAAUACAUACAACUUUCAGCAGUUAGAAAACACCAGUUUGUUCAUCUCAAUUUAGUUAUUAGCUGAAUAAAAAUACAAUAACAAACUUA